AUGGCGCCCGGUGGAACUGCGUAUCUGGUGCUGGUAGUCUCUAUGCUGCUGAUGUUCUUGAAAAGGAACCAGCGGUUCAAAAGCUGGGCGCUGGGCAAGAUCCAGACGUCGCUGACGAGCUCUGCGUUCGGGCCCUUGGACCGCCUGCAGGUAGCCAAGAACCUGGAGCUGGUGGCCGGGGAUCAGAAGGAAACGGGCUGCCUUGCGGGGGCGGCUGCUGUGGGGGUGUUUGAGGCGCUAAUGGCGUUCAAUGAAUACAAGUCGCGGGCCCUGCGCCAGAACGGAGUCAUCUACAAGCGGACGCAGGGGUUCGGUGAAGUAGACAUGGAGCAGCUGCGCCAGAUUGGUUACUUCGACAAGGUUAUGGCGGUGAACGACAGCAUUGUCGCAAAUGAGGUGGUCAUGCGUCGGCUCGUGGAAUACACGUUGUCCGGGCUGGCUGCGGAGAACCCGCAGUUCACGGCCAAGCUCCAGAAGGCCAUGAGCCACCUGGGCUACAGCUUAAAAAAUGGCACACUUAUGCGGCCAAACCACGAAGUGGUUUUGGGAUACUUCUCGAAGCUGCAUGUGGUCACGGACUCGAUUAAUCACAUUGUCCGCGACUACCAUCCUGCAUAUGAAGUUGAGCGGAAGCCGCUCCUGGAGUUUAUUGAGGGUGCCCUCAAACGGGUGCCCUCCGGAAAGACGUUACUUGUUGUCCCGGGAUCGGGGUGCGGUGGAACCGCCUGGCAUGUAGCCACAGCGCACCCGGAAAUGCAAGUCAGCUCGGUUGAAUUCGACCCAUUCAUGUACCUGUGCAAUGAAUAUGUCCUGGGCGAAAGCAAGGAUAUCUCCCUGAGUUCAUUUGCGACACACUACAGCGGACAGCUGACUGCGCAGAACCAAUGCAAGCAGUUCCAUAUCAAAACAUCGGAGAUUAAGCGCCCUAAAAACUUAGACCUGCACUUGGGAGAUUUCAGGACCUUCAAGCCCGACCAGCAGUACGACAACAUCGUUGUUAUCAGUGCUUACUUCAUCGACACCGCCGAAAACAUGCUAGAGUACUUUAACAGCAUCGAGGGCCUGAAGCAGCACGCUAAGAACCUUCACUGGAUAAACGCAGGUCCAUUGAAAUAUGGAACCAAGCCUAUGGUGCAGUUUACUGUCGAGGAACUUACCGCGCUCAGAAAAGUCCGUGGCUGGAAGGAUGAGGCCUUCUCUGUCAGUACCAAGGAACUAAACGGGUACUUGACCAACUACAAUGCCCUCUUUCAGGGCUAUUACGGCCUAGUGAAAUUCCAUUCUGUAUAUACACCUAACUAG